GUACUUGUCUGCCUCUCUGUGGAACUCCACCAAGGCCAGGGCGGUAGGUAAUGCAGGGCAGUGUCUAGUCCUACCUACCUAUCAUUAAUUAGCUGCUCAGGACUUGCUGCUCUCUGGCAUGGGGAGGCAUUGGUGGGGAGGGAAUUGGAGCAUGAGGCUCUGGCUCCCCAGACUAGACAUGUGCACAAGUUCAGAGAGCCAGCUAGAACAGCAGAUGAGAAGAGAGACUGCCCAUCGUUCUAAACCUGCCAGAACUUGAUGUCCCCACGUCUGACAACGGUGCCUCAGCCCAGUCUCAGGCUCAGAAGUGGCGGGGCUACAGGGGCUACAGGGGAAGCCCGGAUUUGUCUCAAGUUCCUCCUUCCCAGCAGGCGAUGCCUGAGUGUGUUUGACUUUGAGUCGGAUUCCCACCUCGUGAAGGGUGUAUACACACACACACACACACACACACACACACACACACACACGUGCGCGCGCACACGUCCAGACACAUGUCGAGAGCUGAGACCCGACACCCUCAGCUCCGCACCAGCCCGGGGCGCACUCCAGUACACGCUGCCCAUCACCGCGUGACCCCCUGAUCCUCCCAGCCCCUUCUGCACAUUGGCCACACCUACCUCUCCCAGCUGGGACCGCUGUGGUAACGGGUGGGUGGUCAGGCGGGCAGACCCCAGCCGUGACACCCCCAUCCCACCUAACCUUCACCUUGCCAAAAUUGACUCUCCGAAACAGGACUGGUUUUUUUUUUUUUUUUUGGAGCGGAUUCAUUUUUUUUUUUUAAACAUAUUUUCCCCAGCAGACCACAUCUCCGCCUCCAGCUCGCAGUCCCCCGCCCCCCGCACAUAUACCCUGCACACCCGCGCGCACACACACCCGGCGCGCACAGACACACGCUCCCUCCCUCCGGCGCUCUACUCCGCUCCCGCCCGCCCGCCUGCCCGCCCGCCCGCUCGCCUGCCUCGCACGCACUGGCCUCGGCUCCCCGCGCCCGCCGCCGAGCGAAGCUGCGCUGGGCUCGGAGCUGCUCAUGGAGAAAGUGCAGGGAGACAUGGAGAUAGAGCGCAGGGAGAGGAGCGAGGAGCUGUCCGAGGCUGAGAGGAAGGCGGUUCAGGCUACGUGGGCCCGGCUGUAUGCCAACUGCGAGGACGUGGGGGUGGCCAUCCUGGUGAGGUUCUUUGUGAACUUCCCGUCUGCCAAGCAGUACUUCAGCCAGUUUAGAAACAUGGAGGACCCCUUGGAGAUGGAGAGGAGUCCCCAGCUGCGGAAGCAUGCCUGCCGGGUCAUGGGGGCCCUCAACACUGUCGUGGAGAACCUGCACGACCCAGACAAGGUGUCCUCUGUGCUCGCCCUGGUUGGCAAGGCCCACGCCCUCAAGCACAAGGUGGAACCCAUGUACUUUAAGAUUCUCUCUGGGGUCAUUCUGGAGGUGGUCGCCGAGGAGUUUGUCAAUGACUUCCCUGCAGAGACGCAGAAAGCCUGGGCCAAGCUGCGUGGUCUCAUCUACAGCCACGUGACCGCAGCCUACAAGGACGUGGGCUGGGUACAGCAGGUCCCCAACACCACCACGUGAGGAGCGGCCCACCAGCCACGCUGCCCUCUUCGGGGCCGUAGGACCCUCCCAGUUCCCCCCUCCCUGGCAGCACUUUGGGCAGAAGGCCGACUUCUGAAGACAUGCCUUGACCUUCCAUUUCUGGGUGCCAAGGAAGCUGGAGGAACCCCUGACUCGACUUCCCGAAAGGAGGCCUUCGUCACGGCUGUGGUCCCCCACCCCCGAGGCCACUGGGAGGUGGGGCUGGCUCCCUGGAUGCUGAAUCUGGCAGAGGGGAUCCUCCUGCCUCACAGCAGAGGGCACACUCUUCUUAGCUUUUCUACUGACUGUUAGAGAGAGGGACCUGGCAAGUGGCCGGUGGGAAGCGAGGACAAGCCUAUGAGCCACUUCAGAAAGGAACUAGCCCUGCUUCACUCUGCCCACCAGCAUGCAGGUUUCUCCUUACCAUCUCUAGAGCAUCACGCACACACGUCUACCAUAUACAGAUAUAUUCUAUAUACGAUCUCUAUAUAAAUAUAUAUAUAUAUACACACACACAUGCGCGCGCACACACACACACACACACACACACACACACACACACACGUACAUAUCUAUUGCGUGCACCUGCAGGCCCAGAAGCCUGGGUCAUGCCCAGCCGUGGGAAGCCAGGAAGAGUCCUGGUCACACUUCUGAGCAGCUCUACUGGGAGCAGGGAGAAAGCUUACAACCACACAAGAGGAGGGGCCAGGUGGGAGAGCUGGGGUGACUCAGCUUGCCCUGCAUUCUUGCCCCACCCCCCAAAGCAAGAGAACACCUGGUUUGCCAGGCGUAGUAGUCCCAGAACUAGCGAGGCAGAGGCGGGACAAUCUUGAUGUGCAAGUCUGAGAUCAGGUGCUCUCUACCUGGUCUCCAUGGCGGUGGGUUUCAGGCAAACUGGGGCUACCUCGUGUCAAACAAACAAAACAUGAAGAUCUGGCCCCCUUCCCCUCCCCAAGGGUUUGCCUGACUGACCGGGUCACACCAAGAGUUCAGGAGAUCCCAGUGAGGUGUUGGCCAGUGUUUGUGUCUGGUGUUAUGGGGGUGGGGGUGAGGGGCAGACUCAGUGUGGAGCCCUAGAAUGUCAACCUCACUCACUCACUUCACACAGCAGCCAGUCCACAGGACCAGGGGCUGUACUAACACCCCUCAGCAGACCAGGGCCUCUCUCUCCUGCCCUCCUCUGGGGCCACUGGCUCACCCUCUCCACAUAAUUUCCUUCACAUUACUGGGAAACCCCCGUGUGUACCCCUUGGUCGCGUGUACUGUCCUGGAGGACCUCUUACUGCUGUGGCUACCGUGCCUGCAUCCCCUCUGGUCCCACCCUCACACAGCCUUCCUGUAACUGCCUGUCUUUUUGUAGUUUCUGAUGUUUGUAACCAGAUCCAGCUGUGUCAUUAAACAGGUCCGUUCUUCCUGUA